GCCCCUUUGACGUAAAGAUCGUUUCAGUGAGUUUCAUAUUUCGGGAAGUUUCAGUUCUUAUCACUCGAGCAAGAGCGAUAGAUAGUGUCCUAAGAAAAACCGUUCCCAAUUAUCAAACGUUUUAAACAACAAGAAGUCACAAUGAAGAGAUGUUGCAUCCGAUAUGAUACAGCAAUAAUAUGUGCACUUUUCCUUUUCAGUGAAGUGGCGCAUGCAUUUUAUGCCGAGAAAAGGAAUGAUAAUCUGCAUGGCGAUCUUAUCCGCGCAGUUGUUCGAUCCUCGGACUGGCUGAGACAAUCAUAUAACAAAAAUACAACAAAAUUACGUCCUUAUCGUACAGGAUCCAUGUUUGCCACUCUCAGACUAGUAGGUCAUACUCCCAGCACUCUGUUGUCCGACUUCAAAAAUGCACAAGGCAUUUCCAUUGACCGGACAUUGAAGAACUUUCUUGACUCCGUAAAAGAGCAAAAGGGAAAUCUCUCGAGUAUUCCCACACCACAUCUUGCUUUGAUAAUCCACGGCGUACUUUCAAUAUGCAAAAAUGCCGACGACUUCCACGGUCAUAAUUUGACACGAGAUCUUUUGGCCGGAUUCUCGACUUUUGGGGAAAAUCGAUAUUUCAACAACUAUUUUGGCUACAGUUUAGCCGUAAUUGCUGUAUGCAACGCAAGGAAACGCAUUUCCAGUCAAGCGGAGAAGACAUUAGUUAAAAGUGCGUACAGGCAAACCUCAUCCCAUACUGUUGAUAUUGAUGCAUUAAUUUUGACUGCAAUGUCAUGUGUAAGCUCGCAGCGCACUUCGAUCGAGCUGAACUCGGCAAAAAAUUUCUCAUUCAACGUCUUCUCUCAAAUCAAAAUACAACAACUGGAGGCUUUGGAAACCAGUACUCCUCGGCUUUAGCAGUUCAGGCCCUUCUCGCAGCAGGUGUUGAACCCCGCAUCUUCUGCUAUGAGAAAGCAAUGAGAAAUAUACUUAAGUAUCAAAAGAAGGAUGGCUCCUUUGGAACAAUAUUGGCAAAUAUUCAAGUAACACCAGCACUUCUCGGAGAGUCACUAAUCAACUUGAAAAAUUAUCCUUGUCCAGCGGAGCAAUCGGCAAUAGUUCCAAAAACGGUCAUUGCUGUGCGAGUACAGUUGAUUUUCAAUGUCCCAAAUCUCACGAAAACCGAACCAUGGGUGGAGGUCAGUGUUCUUCAAGGUUCCACAGCCAAGACAAUUUUGGACAAGGCAAAAGAGCAAAAUUCAUGCUACACCGCGACAUAUAGAAGAUAUGCGUGGGGCCAUUCCAUCACUAGUAUUUGUGGAGUCGCAUCAAACUGGAAGGCAAAGCAUUAUUGGAUGAUUUACCUCAACAACAAAUCAGCCCAAUAUGGCGUCGAUGGACUAAAACCAAAAGACGGAGACUAUAUCACAUUUAAAUACAAGAAAGUCAGCUUUAAGUAACUGUUUAGAUUAGACAAAGGUGUCGGAUUAACAAUUCAUGUAGCAAAUCUAUAGAAUCUAAGUCCAUUUAGAAGUACUUAUUACCAAGAAUGCCCAUGUUUUAUAGUGAAAAUGCUAUUAAAUAUGGUAUCAUGA